CAUGGCCUCCUCAUCUCCUGCCCAGCCAGCCGUGGACAGCGGGGUUUCUGGUUGCAGGAGGCUGUUGUGUUCGAGGAUGUGGCCGUGUACUUCACAAGGAUAGAGUGGAGUUGCCUGGCUCCUGACCAGCGGGCACUGUACAGGGACGUGAUGCUGGAGAACUAUGAGCACGUGGCGUCACUGGGCUUUCUUGUCCCCAAACCAGCGCUGAUCUCCCUCUUGGAGCAAGGGGAGGAGCCAGGGGCCUUGAUUUUGCAGGUAGCUGAGGAGCAAGAGACCAAGGCCAGCCCAUGCCCAGGUUCCAGGAUGGAGGCCGGGAUGAAGGAGUCUUCUCUGAGGAGAGUGUCCUCUAAGCAGGCGGGACUACUGGGCUCAGUUUUGGGGCAGCUCCCUGGGGGGGGCCCCGAGUUACCUGUACCGAAGGGCAGUCCUGAAGAUGGAUCAGGUAGGCGACUCCUCAGCCCCCAGGCAAGUGGCCCUGGUGGGGAGUGUGGCACGUCCCCCGUGUCCCUGGAGGAAGGAGGGCUCUGCUGGGGCCCUUCAGAUGCUGCUGGGGAGAGAGUGCACAGGUGCGCUUGUGGCAAGGCGUUCAAGUACAACUCGCUGCUGCUCAGGCACCAGGUCAUCCACGUGGGGGCCAAGCCCUUCCAGUGCACCGAGUGUGGCAAGGCCUUCAAGCAGAGCUCCAUCCUCCUGAGACACCAGCUGAUCCACACUGAGGAGAAGCCCUACCAGUGCAGUGAGUGUGGCAAGGCCUUCCGGCAGAGCACUCAGCUGACCGCACACCACCGGGUCCACACCCGGGAGAAGCCCUACGAGUGCGGCGAGUGCGGCAAGGCCUUCAGCCGCAGCUCCCGGCUCCGGCAGCACCAGAAGUUCCACACGGGGGAGAAGCCCUACGAGUGUGGCGAGUGCGGAAAGGCCUUUGGCCGCAGGUUCACCCUCAAGGAGCACCGGCGCAUCCACAGUGGGGAGAGGCCCUACACAUGCCCGCAGUGUGGGCAGCGUUUCAUCCGCGGGUCCUCGCUCCUCAAACAUCACAGGCUGCACGUCGAGGAGAGCCCCCAGGAAGACGGCGGGUACCAGAGCCCCCUGCUCAGUGCGGCCCACAAGAUCCACUCAGGGGACAAGCUCUACCAGUGCCCAGUGUGCCAGAAGCCCUUCAAACACAACUCCCUGCUCCUCUUGCACCAGAGGCUGCACACAGGUGAGAGGCCCUUUGAGUGCAGGGAAUGUGGCAGAGCCUUCAGCCGCAAGUCCAACCUCACUCUGCACCAAAAGACCCACACCAAGGAGAAGCCCUUCGCCUGCAUGGAGUGCGGCAAGGCUUUCCGCAGGAGCUACACACUGAACGAGCACUACCGGCUGCACAGUGGCGAGAGGCCGUACAGGUGCCGGGCCUGUGGGAGGGCCUGCAGCCGGCUGUCCACCCUCAUCCAGCACCAGAAAGUCCACGGCCAAGAGUGCUCCCAGGAGGGCGGGGAGGACAGGCAGGUGCCACGCUGGGCAACCUGUUGAGGUGACAACAGGCAGAGAACCUAGCCAGGGCUGUCAACCCUCCCACUUGGCUGUGCAGCAGGGCAUUCGUCUUGGAUGGAGAAGGGAGGGG